AUGUCUGACUCUACUGAUUCCGAAGAGUUUUACGAUGCGGAAGAUUCUACUCCCAAAAAGUUUGUAAGCAAAAAGCAAGAAUUCAAUGAAACAUCUAGAAAGAAUUCUUCAAUAGAAAAUAAAGAGACAAACAAUGAAAUAAGUUCAAAGCUAGAUUCUUCAGAAGAUGUGAAAAUACUAAGGGAUGAAAAUAAUGAAGAAUUAAAAAAACCUGAAGAAAUGAAACUCUUGGUCAAUGAUGAUAGAAAAUGGUUUUCAGAACUGAGACAAAGAAUGCAAACAGAUGAUGAAGAUAUUGGUGGGUUAAAUACAUCUCAGCCAGAAAGUCAAACAUCUUCAGUAGAGGGGGUGUUUGCUCAACCUGCACCUAAAACCUCUCACCCUUUCAGAAUAAUUGAGCAUGAUAAUAUAAGCAUUCAAAGCAUGAUGUCUCUAGGUAGAGUUGGAAGGCUGUUAGGCGGUAUAGAAUCUGGAUUAAUUAGCAAUCAGUCAUCUUUGGAAACAACAAGAGAUAGUUCUCCAGUAUCACUUAGAAGUAGCCAAUCUACAAUUUUUUCACAAAAUUGUGAAAUAACAAAUAGUAAUUCUGUUAAGAGUCAUGAAGAUUUAAGAAGCUCUUCUUGUGAACUUCCCCUACAGGAACCAGAUGUAAUUGCAAGCACUAAAAAUUCAAUAACAACUAAUAAUUUAACAAGUAUUAAUGAAACCAAAAGUUUUAAAGAUAUGAAGAAGGAAAACACUGAAAUAAGUGACGUCAUGAAGAUGCCUGUUCCUCCACCGAGAAAAUGGAAGAAAAAGUCUAAAACUUUUUUACAUCCUUCUGUGGGUAAUAAUCUGCCUGACUCGUUACAUAACUCUAAAGGUACAAUACCGUUGCCAAGCCCUGCAAGUACAAUUGAAUCAUUAACUAGAGAACUCGAAAAUUCUUUGGAUAUUCAUUCUGCAACAAAGGGGCAAUAUGUUGUUAAACCUCAGGAUGAAGACAAAGCUAAGGCUGAAGAGGUUGUCGAUGAUGAUAGGCCAAAAGAAAUAAAAAAUAAAGAUAAAUUUCCUAUUACCAAUAAUUUACCCUUAAUGAUUCCCUGUAAUACUAACAGCAUUGGUCGUACUAGUAUCAAUAGUGCUAGUGGAUUAAGCAUGUCUCAUUUUGUUGGAUUACAUUCAAAUGCCACAAUGUUAGAUAAAAACAGUGAAAUUAAAAAUAGUGAACAUAAAAAAAAUAAUUUAAGUCCUAAAGUAUCUAAAGAAAGAAGGAAAUCUGCAGAUGAUGAACAAGGCUUUAUAUCGCAAUUGAAUAUGUUUGUCAGGACAAGGACUGACUCUGGAAAACAAUUGUCAGAUCUGGAAAUUUUAGAACAAGUUACUGUUUUAAAUUUAGACACUGGUGAAAGAGUUCCAUUAAGUGUAGCCGAAGAUAAAUUACCUCAAGGAAUCAAUCCCCUUUCACUUCACAUUAUGAGGUUAACAUCAGAAUAUGUGAGUGACACUAAUUUAGAAAAGCAAAAGGAAUCCGAUGAGGAAAGUGUUGAUAGCAAAGUAUCUGAGAUUCAAAUAGGUAAAGAUUUCGAUAGGAGGACUGUAAAGAAAAAAACAGAAAAACUCAAAAAAUUUUUUGGUUCCACUGUUAAAAAAACCAUGGACAAAGCUAAAUUAUUAGCUCAAGAGGUUUCACAAGGAAGGCAUAAAGAAGAGGGAAUGGAUAUAACUGAAGAAGGAAAUACCGGAGAACAAUACAUCAAAUUAAAAGCGUCUAACAGUCACAAAGGGCCUUAUGACUUUGACAGUCUUAAACACGUUCAAGACCUCAGCGGAGAGCAUCAGGGACCAGUUUGGUGCAUGAAAUUUUCAGCCUGCGGUCGUUUACUAGCCACUGCUGGUCAAGAUAAAAUUCUUCGCGUGUGGGUUUUAAAAAAUGCUUAUCAACAAUUUCAGGACAUUAGAACUAAAUAUAAUAACCCGAACAAAGUUUCACCAACUCCUUCUCAAGAAUCACUUGUGUCACAACAUUCGGGUGAAGACCCAGAAUCAACAUCUGCAUUUUUAGAUACCGGUGGUAGCAUAGCGCCGUUCAUGCCUAAGCCCCUUUGUACUUAUGUAGGACACACGUCUGAUUUAUUAGACGUUUCUUGGUCAAAAAAUUAUUUCGUUCUUUCGUCUUCUAUGGACAAAACUGUUCGGCUGUGGCAUAUUUCUCGCAAAGAAUGUCUUUGCUGUUUUCAACACAUUGAUUUUGUUACCGCUAUUGUCUUUUUACCGAGAGAUGACAGGUAUUUUUUAAGCGGUUCUUUAGACGGAAAACUGAGAUUAUGGAAUAUUCCCGAUAAAAAGGUAGCUGUUUGGAAUGAAGUAGAUGGUCAAACGAAGCUUAUAACAGCCGCUAAUUUCUGUUUAAACGGUAAAUUAGCUGUAAUAGGAAGCUACGAUGGACGCUGUAUAUUUUAUCAUACGGAUAAUUUAAAAUAUCAUACAACAAUUCAUGUCAGAUCGACUCGUGGUAAAAAUUCUACUGGGAGGAAAAUUAGUGGAAUAGAACCCAUGCCGGGAGAAGAGGGAAAAAUUUUAGUUACUUCCAAUGAUUCUAGAAUUCGAUUGUACGAUCUCAGAGAUUUAAACCUGUCUUGCAAAUAUAAGGGUUAUGUCAAUAUAAGUAGUCAAAUAAAGGCAAGCUUCAGCCAUGAUGGAAAAUACAUAAUUAGCGGCUCCGAAAAUCAAUGUUUGUAUAUUUGGAAAACUCAUCACGACUAUGCUAAAUUUUCAUCCGUACGGAGAGACAGAAAUGAUUUUUGGGAGGGAAUCAAAGUUCACAAUGCCGUUGUAACAUGUGCAGUUUUUGCACCCAAUCCAGAAAGUAUAAUUAAAGAACUUGAAGAAAAAGAAUUGGAACUUAGAGGAGACCGAGAUGAGAUAAAUGUUGAGGACCCGGUAGUUGCACAACGGACCAAGGGUUGCGGAGGAUACGUUUUGGUAAGUGCAGAUUUUAACGGUUGUAUUAAAGUUUUUGUAAAUAAAAUGAAACCCAAACAUAGCUCUCUCCCUGCUUCAGCCUUAGCCUAA